UAUCGAAAAUAGUCAGUUGCUCAUUCAACUUAAAAAUGUAGUCUAUCGUCGAGGUUUUGGUAUGCUUUUAAAAAUGAAACUGACCAUUGUUGUACUGGUCUUGGCGACCUGUCUGACUUGCGAAGCAUCCGUUGCAAUUAUACCAAACGAUCCUGAUUACAAGGGGAUAGGAUGUUACACCAAGACUUACGACUUGGGCGAAUUUGAAACAGGAGAAACGAAGCGAGUCCCAUCACAAUGCGCCAUAGCAAUUUGCAAUAAAAAUUUUAUAGACUACAUUGGUUGUGGAGUCGUAGCAGUUGAGCCCCCUUGUUCAGUUCAUCCCGGAGAUUUGGCCAAACCUCAUCCACAAUGUUGUCACGAAAUUAGAUGUCCGGAAGAUAAUAAACUGUAAUUCAUUUUUUUUACAUAACUUUGUAAGAAGUGUCGUUUUCAAUUAAGUAUCGUCAUGUAAUCUAUAUUUGUAUCGUCUUGAAAUUGAAGUGUUCCAUUUAGGUUUAUGCUCUUUCUCUAUGAAGUUGUAAAUUGGAUUUUUAUAACAAUAAGAAGCAAUCAAGUGUUGAAAUCAACUCUUUUAUGUAACUCCUAUGUAAUAAAAUCUAUUUUAAUUAAAAAUAAAAUAUAUAUAU